AGUCAUAGUAUAUAGGCCUAUUCUGCCUGGUCGUGAGGUUUGCGCGCUGGACUGUCGUUCGGAUUUAUCGAUGGUCGAGGGUUCAAAUCCUGCCCGCUCCCAUCCCCCGUCGUCCUUGGGAGGUUUGGACUAGGAAGUAAACUAUCUUCAACUCUGAAGGAACAUCCAAAACAUAUUACUUAACAUUACAGAAUGGUGAAAGAUGUCUGCUCAAAAUCUAUCACAAGAAUGGCUAGAUGCAAUCAUUACAUCCUACAAGCAUCUCAGCGAUGACGAUAAAAAUACCUUUAUAGAUACAGUAGUAGCAGCAUCAGGGCCUAACCAGCUGUUACAUCUGAGAAAACUUCUUCCAGAUUUAGUGUUUAGAGAUUUUAUUUGCUUCCUGCCACUUGAGAUUGUUCAGAAGUUGCUGCAGUAUUUAGAUGGUCAACAAUUGCUGAAAUGUUGUCAGGUAUCCAAAAUCUGGAAUGAAAGACUCAAUAGUUUACCCAUUAUUUGGAGAUGGUUAGCUCAGCGUGCAGGAGCUGAUGUACAAGCCUCAGAGCGUAGCACGUUGGACAAAGUUAGGACAGAGCUGCAAUCAAACUUUCUGUCAGAGAGCGCAUUUUAUAAAAAGCUGUACUUAAAUACUCAGACUCUUCUCAGAGGGCUGGACCAUGGCAUGUCAAUAAAAAUUAAUGAAAAUUUUAUUGAGAAAGACUCAUGGCGGAUUACAACGUUGGCUUAUCAGUUUGGGAAUUUAGUGACUGGCUGUGAUGACCAUACAGUCCAAAUAUGGUCAGUUCCUGAUGGGAAAUUAUUAAAAACCAUCGCAACACAUUCCGUUUCCUGCCUCCGAUUGACAGACAAACAUCUUUUUACUGCAUCAUUCAAUGCCAAUGCUGAAUGCUGGGACCUAGCGACUGGCUAUCACUCUCGCUCACUGUGUGGGCACACCUCAGCUGUGAUCGCCAUCGAUGUCCUGCCCAGCAAACCUUACUUGCUGACUGGCUCAGUGGACAAGACGUCCAAAUUGUGGCAUCUAGGGGAUACUACCUCGGAUCUUGUUAAGACAUUUACUGUUCAUGAAGAUUGGGUCUUUCAAGUCAAAUUUUUACCUUCUCCUGACGAUAAGCUACAAUUUCUCACCUGUGAUUCUCUACUUGCUGUGGUCUGGCACACAGAUACCAGUGGAAAUGUGCUCGGCAGUUAUCAUGUUCGUGUGUCCCCUGAUUCAAGAUUCACAUCAUUCUACCACUGUCACAAUGACCCUUUUGUCAUUUUUUGUUGCCAGUGGGCUGAAGAAGAGAAAAUGUCUGCCCUGUGCAGGUAUACCAUCAGACCAGAGUCCAAAAUCAUUGAAAAAUAUUUUCAAUUUGUUAUACCUCAAUAUGCAAUAAGGGCAUACGUUUUAGGAGCAGGUGAAAAAUUUGCAGUCGUAAUGUGUUCCAUUUCUAGAAAAGACUUUUACGUCAUUGAUAUUCAACAAAGGACCAUUGUGUCAACUAUAUUCACCCCUGACUUUUAUAUUUUGACUAGGAAUGGAUCAACAGUCACCUUGUGUGAUGACAGCUGGCUAGACGGCUUCAACUUCAGUGCACUGAGAGACAACACACCUGUUUUUGCUGCUUGUGUGGGGAGAAAUACUGUGAUACUGGCUACUUGGAAUUUGAGUAAAAUUCUUUUAAAGUCAAGCUAGUGCUUCAGGGUUCUGAACUGCUAUUCUUAAAAGUUCAGAAACAUUUUCUUUUUUAUUCUACUGCCAUGUUCUUUCAAACAGUAAUUUUGUUUUUAUUAAGUUGAUGCCCUAACCAUAGCCUGUUGGCCAUAUCAGACUCAUUACCGGGUAUAGAGCUGCCCCUUAACCCCACUAUGCAGUAGCGAAGGAUUGAUUACAUUGAUGAUUCAGCCUGGUGUUAAAAAAUUGAUAUGCUACUCAGGCUCAUUGUCACCAAUAAAGAAAUAUAGAACAUGUAGCCACAACAGGCUUGUAUAACUAUAAGGGAAGACAUAAUGUGGAAAGGUAAAAAAAUUGCACGUUUAUUAAAAAGUUGCAUUAUAUUUUUUUUAUUUUUAUAACCAAUAUAUGUUUGUUCUUUUAUGUAUCAUAUAUGAAACAAAUAAAUAUAUGAAACAAAUAUAUAAAAAAAAUGACUUCCUGUUAUUUAAAAGAUUUAUUUAUAAAAAUAAUUGUACAUAACUUAGUUUACAAAAACUGGAAUGUAAAAACAAAUAAUAAAUAAAUAAAUUAUUAUUGAGA